UAUUUCCAGACCGUUAUAAAAGCCCAAGUAUCAGCACUGUUCCAGCAGAGACUUGAUCUUGUGAUUUAAGUAACAACACCAAGAUGUGGAAAAUUUCUUUGCUUUUGGUCCUAGCUAUUGGUUGCAUUUGCGUGGCUAGCCAGGAGACGACGGUCUCCCCGCGCAACCGUGACAUUUGCCGACGCCAGAACACCAGAUGUGUACGCAAUCAGGAGCGACUGGGAACUACCAACGAUGUCACCACUGCCUUUAACAACCAGUGCCGAAGGAGUAACCGUUCUUGGAGCGAAGUCACCCGCUGCCAGUUGGCUGACGCGACCUGCCAAUUGACUUUGGAGCGCUGUAGGACACUCUCCUGUAACAAUGUGCGAAGAGCUCUUCAGUCUGGUCCAACGAAUCCUACUCCUCGUACUCGCACCACACGCCGCCCGACGCGCACUCCCCGACCCACCCGUUCUUCUCGCCCCACGCGCACUCCUCGCACUCGUCGUCCUACCCGCACCACACGCAGACCUCCCACAGAGCCCGUCGAAUAAAAUACAUGGUUUUGGAAACACAGGAAAACUCUCCACAUGAAUAUCAAUAAAAAACACUUCAAUGCUCUCUAA